GUAGGUUUCACGUUGUUGUGGAUUUUGGAGAUAGAGUCUAAAGCAGCAACAGCAGCAGCAGGAAGAAGAAGACUAAGAAGACGCAACGAAGAAGAAGUAGCCCUCGGCCAAGUUUGUAAAGGAGGGAGAGAGCGAGAGAGCGGGAUUUGUGUUUGGGUUCUGAAUCACUGCGAUAUAUCUGAGUCGUUGAGAAGCUGUGCUGCAUUAACGUCCUGCAUUUGUUGUCUUCCAUGUGCGAAGUUGUACGCUGUUGCAAUCGGACGUGAAAGAGUUCUAAUUCGACAGAGCAGUCGACCAUGAAUUGUGAGGUGUUCCACCUGAAGGAACUUGAAGUGGAGCAGUAUCAGAUUCGGGAAGUUUUGAGAUGCAUUCUCCACACUAUUAUGUUCAAUAGAGCACUUGGAUUGGUGCGGCCUCGUGAAGUUGAAUGUGAGCUUUUCGACAUCACCUAUGUACAGUGCGGGGAUUCACAUACGGAGAAGAAGAUUGAGGAGAAGAUUGACCAUUUCUUGACAUGGGUUGAAAAGCAUCCAGAUAAGAAGUCUCGGGUAUGUUUGUCAUUCUAUGAAACAAGGAAUAAGCAUGUGGGGUGGUUCAGCAAAGUAGAACGACUUUAUUGGGAACAAUGGUGCAUUCAGCUUCAUGUACUCCGUGCUGGACCUCACGAAGUGAAGAAACAAGUCUAUGACGGUGCUCCAUCCGGAAAUAAUGGAGAAACUGUGUUGGAUGAACGGCAAAGACGGAAUGCAACUCUUGAGGCUGCACUACGAGACGUGAUCAUUGAGGUUUUGUCGAUCGUCAACGAGAAGAAGGAUCAUAUUCCUCCAGUUCAACAACCAGAUGUGGUUGUCUCAUUCCCGUUUGAAAUUUCUAUUCCCAGCUCUUCAGACUCAACCAUGGACAUAAUCAAGCGUAUAAUACAAUCUGGACCUCCUACGAUGCUGAACUGAAUCCUUCCUUGUAAAUAUUUUGAAGAAUUCUGUGUACAUACAUAUGAAGGACUUGUAUCGAGGUCUGCCCACGGAUCUCUACACAAACAUGUUGUGCAGAACCGCAAAUUGAUUUUUAUCUAGUUAUUCUCUAGGAGCGUAUUUGAACACCCCCAAAUGAAUGAUGCAUAGAUAUUACUGUACUUUUGGAGUUAUGCAAUAUUUCAUGUUCCUAAAUCCUAAAAGACUACUCAUUUGAAACAGUUUGCGGUUAUUAAGAGAACUCUGAUGCAGUCCCUCCGCCUUGUCUGUACGCACACGUCGGACUCCAUUGGGUUGCUGACUGAAAUUGUAUCAGGUGAAUUUGGUCACCUGUUUGUGAGUAGGCUCUAGUGUCUGAAAGCCUACACCCGGUCUACAAUCAGAAGUGACGUAGAUUGAGUAUUCAGGUUAUCUGUCUAAUUUUCUUGCCACCUAUCCUUGUUCUUUCACAAUACAAAAUCUAGAUACUAUUAUAGUA